GGGCUUGUGAGCGCUCGAGACGCUCUGCUUCACUCUGCAGCGCGCGUGAGGAUCACUCGGUGUGCGCAUACGCGAGAGACUGAGUUUACGGUGAGGAAAUUCAUGUUCAGUGAAACUCCUCCCACAACAAUCACACACUCAGCUAUACAGCAAUAAAUGCUGGAAUAUUCCCAUCAGUUUACGAGUGAAGACGAGCAUCAGAGCAUCAGGAAGAGCUGAAAUCUGCAGAGACUGAGUUUAUUAAAGAGGACAGAGAGAAGAUGAGAGAUCCAGAACCCUGCAGAAUCAAACACACUGAAGAUACUGAACAACAAACAGAGUUGAUUGAAGAUAAUGAAGAGAAAGAAGAAUUGAGUGAAUCUGAGGAGAAAAAUCAUGUCAGAAGUGGAGAAAAACCCAAACAGAAAGAUUUAAACAAAAAAAGGGCCAAGAAAUCUUUCACCUGCACUCAGUGUGGAAUGAGUUUCACAUGCAAAUAUAAUCUUGAUGUUCACAUGAGAGUUCAUACUGGAGAGAAACCGUUCACUUGUGAUCAGUGCGGGAAGAGUUUCUCACAAUCAGCAACCCUUAAGCAUCACAUGAACAUCCACACUAGAGAGAAACUGUACACAUGUAAUCAAUGCGGGAAAACAUUUUUGUGGGCUUCAGUCCUGAAGAAACACCUUAAAGUUCAUACAAAGGAGAAGCCACAUUCAUGUCAUUUGUGUGGAAAGAGUUUUUCAUGUCUUGAACAUUUAAAAGUACAUCAGAAAAUACACACUGCUGUGAGAGAGUACAUGUGCUUUGAGUGUGAAAAGACUUUUACUACAGCAACGUGUUUAAAACUGCAUGAGAGGAUUCACACUGGAGAGAAACCUUACAAGUGUUCACACUGUGACAAGAGAUUCAGUGUGUUAUCAAAUCUGAAAACACAUGAGAGGAUCCACACUGGAGAGAAACCAUUCACUUGUGAUCAGUGCGGGAAGAGUUUCACACAAUCAUCAAGCCUUAAGGAACACAUGAACAUUCACACUAGAGAGAAACUGUACACAUGUGAUCAAUGCGGGAAGAGUUUCAGACAAUCAUCAAGCCUUAAGAAACACAUGAACAUCCACACUAGAGAGAAACUGUACACAUGUGAUGAGUGCGCCAAAACAUUUUUGAGAGCUUCAUACCUGAAGAAACACCUGAGAGUUCAUAUAAAGGAGGAGUGUAAUUCAUGUAAUUUGUGUGGAAAGAGUUUUUCACAUCUACAAAGUUUGAAAUUACAUCAGAAAAUACAUACUGGUGUGAGAGAGUACAUGUGCUUUGAGUGUGAAAAAACUUUUACUACAGCGGGCUGUUUAAAACUGCAUGAGAGGAUUCACACUGGAGAGAAACCGUAUCACUGCACUGUAUGUGGGAAGUGUUUCAAACAUGAAUCUUCUCUACACACACAUACACAAAGAUAUCACAGUAAGUAGAUCAUCUUCAGAUCCAGCACUUUCAGGUCUGAUGCUGCUUCCUCACCAAAUGUGACACAAUAAUGCAUCAAGCAGUGAAAUAAAAUAUCAUCUGAAUCAAUCUGUUCUAACCAGACAUUACAAGCGAAUGACACAUUUCUAUGACACAGAAACACUAUCUAAAGUUUUCACAGUGAAUAAAGUUCAUCUUCAUCUUCAUAACCAGCAGAUUCAAUUCAGAUUCAGAUCAACUCAAAGAUGGAGUUCCUCUUCAAAGAACAAUGCCAAAAGUUUUAUUCUUGUGUAUCAUUUUGCUUCAUGAUGUAAAUGAUAUCAUUGUACUUUCUUAUGGGUUUCAUGUUAUGUACAAUAAGUUUAAUAAGCAGGAUUGUAAGAAUAGUAAUACCAUAAAAACCUCACCGAUACCCAUCUAUACUUGUCAGUAGGAGAGAGAUCCAGCUCAUUAGUUUUCGCUCUAAAUGUAAUUAUUGAUUAAAUGUUACUUUUUUUUAUUAAUACACUGUUAUCUUUUUAUAUUUUAUAAACAACUUUUAUUGUCUGCUGAUUGUAUUUGAAUCAGAUGAGAUCGAUAGUUUAGGUCCAUUUUCUCUCCUCUACGCUUAAUACAUUGCUUCUGUUUCAACAAAGAGAAGACAUGCCUGUGUGUGUUUAUAUGCUGCUCCUUUCACAUCUCAGAGCUGCACGAUUCUGGAUAAAUUGAAAAUCACGAUUUCUUUGUCUCAAAUAGAGAUCACGAUUCUCCCAUGUAGAGAUGGCGAAAUGAAGCU